GGACUCGGUAACUAACCUCUUACAGUUUAGAGUAGCCAAGCCAUCUUGCUGUGAUUGGGAGGCUUAACUCUUAAGUGCUUCUCAUAUGUAGACCUGGAUAGCUGCUUAGGGGGCAAAGUGAAUCAGACGCUUGAUUCAAGUUUGAUUCCCAAGGACUUGCUUGCUUCGUCGGCAAACCUGAGCCGGGUUUGGCCCUCGAGUCGGCCGUCCGUCUCAUGUAGCAAAGAAUUCUCUCACGCUAGGUGGCUGACGACCAAUGUCAGACCCCUGGAGUGAGGCAGACAGGUCACGGAGAGUCGAAGUCGACUAAAUAUAAAGAAAUCCCACCAAAGGGAAACCAUCGUAGCUCCCUUUCUCUUCCUCCUUUACUUGCCAACUGACUCAAGGUCGUGAAAACUACACUCUUUUAGAUAUUGUGUCUGGUAUACAAUAGCUCCAUUCCUUUGAUUCAUACUCACGAGUCACUACAUACACACAUACCUAUCUACCUAUUCUUCUUCUAGAAGCUACAUUGCUAAGAUCAGCUGUAAAUUUUACUUAUACACUUACAUACAUCGUACAUACCUGAAUCAAGAGAUCAAGAUGAAGUCCAUCUUUACCUUCGCCACUCUCCUUCUCGCCACGGCUUCGGCCCUCCCCAUCUCCGUCUCCCCUAGCCACCGCGGACCCAGAGCUCUAGCUACCCGCUCGAACUGUUCCACCCAGGCUGUCGACGCUAGCUCCGAAACGGACACGGGCGGUGCCGGUCUUAACAUCACCAAUGCGGACAGCGAGACCCGCACUUACUUCGUUUACGAGAAUGGUUGCGACACGAUGCCCAGCAAGUACAUCUCCGUCGAUGCUGGCGCCUCCAAAUUCAUCUCCCUACCCGCCCAGUUCCAGGGCCGUAUCGUGCGCGGUACGACUGCCGUUAACCUCGACGGAUCAGCACAUACCCUAGGAACCUGGGUCGAGAUCGGCCUCGACGCCUCGGGUACCGGAUGGGCUGACGUUUCCUUGAUCCGCGGUAUGGACGGUGCUGUCACCAUAGCAGCGACCGAUGGAACGGGCGCCACGACUGGUUUCAGCGACAACAGCGUGUUGAACGAUGCGACGGACUCGAUACUGGAGGCGAAGGAUUCCGGCGCUAAGGCGAUCAAGGCGACUGAGGACUGGCAGGCCGCCCUGCUUUCCAAUGUUGUUAGCUAUCUGUCCGGCAAGCUCGGGUUCACUGCCGCGUACGUCGACGACUACCACGGAAACCCGGUGAUCUGCUCUAAGAACGGACGCUUCGGCGUUACGUUCUACGAGGGACGGCCUUAAGGGACUCGUCAUAGUAGAGGCGUCCAGGUGGACCGGCGUUUAGGGGACUACAUAGGUUGGGAGAUUGAUGGGGUGUCUAUGGACUAACUACGGGCUUUACUGCCUAAAAGUGAUUUUUCUUCCAUUCUUUUUCGCUGAUAUUUAUUUAUAUUUACGUUCCGUUCUUGUAUAUAUCUACUGGAAACAGAUUUGAGAUAUCCGCAUAGGUGUCGGUACGAGACACUUGUAUUUACCCUUCUCUACGUAUGUAUGUAUGUAUGUAUGUACGUAUGCAUAUCGACUUAUUUUCUCAUACGAGGCUCUCGGCGUU